GUUGUUUAAAAAUACGACUUUGCCAACAGCACCAUAUUUUUCAAUUAGUGAUGAGUCAUUAAAGAAACCAAUUGUUCUUGAAAUAAUUUCAGCAAACGUUGCAACAAUAAUAAAUACAUUUGUACCUGGUCAUGUCACUAGUGCUGUAAUAGCAUUUUUUUUUUCAUCAUUUGGGUGGGCAACUGUUGGAGGAUCUUUAUGCCUUAGACCAACAUUUUUAACAAAAUGUCAACCAGAUCCAUCAUUAACAGCAAAUGCUUCGUCAGGUCAAUAUUUUACAAAUGAUGUUUGUACAGGAGAAUUAGAAAGUACUGAAUUUCAAGGAUUUCCAAGUGGACAUUCAACAACCGCGUUUGGUGGAUGGGUUUUCUUCAUAUUAUAUAUAAAUGGUAAAGCAAAGGUUUUAAUUUUAUGCCUUCCAUUAUUAUUUGCAUCAUGGGUUUCAAUUACAAGAAUAAAUGAUUUCAGUCAUUUUCCAUUUCAAGUUAUAACAGGUGUAAUUCUAGGAAUUUUUUCAGGUUUAAUAUCUUAUAGAUUACAUUUUGGUAAUUCAGAUUGGUUUAUCGGAAAUGGGAAUUAUCUGGAUCAUAUACCUGCACACUAUAAAUUUAUAGAAGAUUGGAAUAGUGAAGAUGAGGAUGAGGAGAGAGGAAAUAGUAGAAAUGGAAAUGUUGCAAGAGAAGUUGAUAAUGAAGCUAUUGAUCAGAAUGCUAUUCAAUAG